GGUGUGUAGCCUAAGCAAUACGAUCUGUGCUACUACUGUGACAGAGCCUCCUAGUAAUGAUCUACCCAACUGCCUUCCACAGCAUUUCUGUAGGCUGCAGUGGAGAUCAGAUGACGAGUGGGCUUAGGUCCAGCAGAUUAACUUGCCCUAUCAGUUCUGCUGCUGACUUGCAACACAGGCGUUGAGAAGAGGCUUUAUUCACUUAACAGACGUGGGGCAUUGGAGUUGGACAUGGCAUCAAAAUCAGUGUGCUUUGUGCUUGUGACUGUGCUGCUAGCAUACUACAUUUACAAGCCUCUGCCAGACAAUGUGGAAGAGAAAUUCAAAGUGAUGUUGAUGGAUGCAACUUUUCGAACUCUAGGACAUGCGGGUUCUUUAGCUGAGCUGCUUGGCAUAAGCCACUACAUGGAUGUCAUGAUGCUUUUAACGAAGCUGGAGCACACAGAACCCAUUUCAGAUGAAAAUAUUACUGUCGCAGACACAUCGUUCAACAAUGUUCCUGUGAGAUUAUAUGUGCCAAAACGACAAUCAGAAGGACUAAUGAGAGCCGUUAUCUACAUUCAUGGUGGUGGAUGGUGUUUAGGAAGUGCAGCCAUGAAGCCAUAUGAUCUUUUAUCCAGACAAACAGCACAGCAACUCAAUGCGUUGGUAGUGUCAAUCAACUACCGGCUGGCUCCCAAAUUCCACUUUCCCACACAGUUUGAUGACGUGUACACUGGAGUGAAGUUCUUUCUGCAGCCCAGUAUCCUUGAAAAAUAUUCAGUUGAUGCAAGUCGGAUAGCUGUGUCUGGUGACAGUGCAGGUGGAAAUUUAGCUGCCGCAGUAACAAACGAGAUGUUGCAUGACCCUGAAGUCAAAGUGAAACUGAAGAUUCAGGCAUUAAUCUACCCAGUUCUGCAGAGCCUUGAUCUAAACACGCCAUCUUACCGAGAAAAUGCCAAUAUGCCUAUGCUGUCCAGGACACUCAUGGUGCGUUUUUGGAGUGAAUAUUUUACUACUGAUCAAAAAUUAUUUGAAGCCAUGUUCAGUAACAGACAUAUACCAUCUCAAGAAGCUCAUUUAUUUAAGUUUGUAAACUGGAGUACUUUAUUGCCCGAUAGCCUGAAAAAACACCACAUUUACCACAAGCCUCAAUACGGAGACUCAAGUUUUGUUAAAAAAUAUCCAGCAAUUUUGGACACAAGAGUAUGUCCAUUGUUAACAGAAGAUGACAAAUUAAAAGGUCUGCCGUUGACAUAUGUCAUAACAUGCAUGUAUGAUGUCUUAAGGGACGAAGGCUUUAUGUAUGUAUCAAGACUACAGCAAGCUGGGGUUCAAGUAACACACCACCACUAUGAUAGCACCUUCCAUGGCAUUAUUUUAUUAAAUACAUUCCCCUUUGAUUUUGAAAUAGCCCACCACAUAAUAGCAAAAUAUAUAGGCUGGCUUGGUAACAAUCUGUGAAAAGCAUAAAGAAAAAGAAAAGUAAAACAUGUACUAUCAUUUUUAUGCAUCUCCAGAAGUGUGACAAUUAAUACAGGGAGUUGCUGUUCUAUCUUUUCAAGCAGGGUUUAACAUAUGAGAUACCUAUACAUGCAUACUGCUGUACUGUCCUUUGAUGUUGCCAUUUAUUGUUCUUAUAAACAUAAGAUGGCCAUUAUUCAGGAAUUUUUUAACAUGGGUUAUCAGUAAGGAAUGUUAAAAAAA